AUGGUUAAGGAGAUGGGAAUGACUGGUAACACAAGUCCAUUCGGACAACCCUUUAGUCAAACUGGAGGGCAGCAAAUGGGAGCCCCUGGAGUAAACCCCCAGUUAUCCAGCAAACAGAGCAUGGUCAAUAGUUUGCCUCCCUUCCCUACAGACAUCAAGAAUGCUUCAGUCACCAACGUGCCAAACAUGUCUCAGAUGCAAACUUCAGUGGGAAUUGUCCCCACACAGGCGAUCGCAGCGGGCCCCACUGCAGAUCCUGAGAAACGCAAACUGAUACAGCAGCAGCUGGUUCUACUGCUUCAUGCUCAUAAGUGUCAGAGACGAGAACAAGCGAACGGAGAGGUUCGGGCCUGCUCUCUCCCACACUGUCGAACCAUGAAAAAUGUUUUGAAUCACAUGACACAUUGUCAGGCUGGGAAAGCCUGUCAAGUUGCCCAUUGUGCAUCUUCACGACAAAUCAUCUCUCAUUGGAAGAACUGCACACGACAUGACUGUCCUGUUUGCCUCCCUUUGAAAAAUGCCAGUGACAAGCGAAACCAACAAACCAUCCUGGGGUCUCCAGCUAGUGGGAUUCAGAACACAAUUGGUUCUGUUGGCACAGGCCAGCAGAAUGCCGCGUCUUUAAGUAACCCAAAUCCCAUAGACCCCAGCUCCAUGCAGCGUGCGUAUGCUGCUCUUGGACUCCCCUACCUGAACCAGCCCCAGACGCAGCUGCAGCCUCAGGUUCCCGGCCAGCAACCAGCACAGCCUCAGACUCACCAGCAGAUGAGGACUCUCAACCCCCUGGGAAAUAACCCAAUGAACAUUCCAGCAGGAGGAAUAACAACAGAUCAGCAGCCACCAAACUUGAUUUCAGAAUCAGCUCUUCCAACUUCCCUUGGGGCCACAAACCCACUGAUAAAUGAUGGCUCGAGCCCUGCAAACAUUGGGACCCUCAGCACUAUACCUACAGCGGCCCCUCCUUCCAGCACCGGCGUUCGGAAAGGGUGGCACGAACACGUCACUCAGGACCUACGGAGCCAUCUAGUGCAUAAACUCGUCCAAGCCAUCUUUCCAACCCCUGACCCGGCAGCCCUGAAGGAUCGCCGCAUGGAGAACCUGGUGGCCUACGCUAAGAAAGUGGAGGGGGAUAUGUAUGAGUCUGCCAACAGCCGGGAUGAAUACUAUCACUUACUGGCAGAAAAAAUCUACAAGAUACAAAAAGAACUAGAAGAAAAGCGGAGGUCGCGUUUGCACAAACAAGGCAUCUUGGGUAACCAGCCCGCCCUGCCGACUCCCGGGGCGCAGCCCCCAGGGAUUCCGCAGACACAGCCUGUGAGGCCUCCAAAUGGACCCAUGCCCCUGCCGGUGAACCGCGUGCAGGUGUCCCAAGGGAUGAAUUCAUUUACCCCAAUGUCCUUGGGGAAUGUACAGUUGCCACAAGCUCCCAUGGGACCACGUGCAGCAUCCCCCAUGAACCACUCUGUCCCGAUGAACAGCAUGGGCUCCGUUCCAGGGAUGGCCAUUUCUCCUUCCCGAAUGCCUCAGCCUCCGAACAUGAUGGGCGCUCACGCCAACAACAUUAUGGCCCAGGCGCCUGCACAGAACCAGUUCCUGCCACAGAACCAGUUCCAGUCCUCCAGUGGGGCGAUGAGCGUAAACAGUGUGGGCAUGGGGCAGCCGGCGGCCCAGACAGGCGUGCCACAGGCCGGCCAGCUGCCCUGCCCACCAGUGACACAGUCACCGCUGCACCAGACGCCACCUCCUGCUUCCACGGCUGCCGGCAUGCCAUCUCUCCAGCACCCGACGGCGCCUGGGAUGACUCCUCCUCAGCCAGCAGCCCCCACCCAGCCGUCGACUCCCGUGUCGUCUUCCGGGCAGACUCCCACCCCGACUCCAGGCUCCGUGCCCAGUGCUAGCCAAACCCAGAGCACCCCUACGGUCCAGGCAGCAGCCCAGGCCCAGGUGACCCCACAGCCUCAUACCCCAGUCCAGCCCCCGUCUGUGGCCACCCCUCAGUCGUCACAGCAGCAGCCGACACCUGUGCACACCCAGCCUCCUGGCACACCGCUUUCCCAGGCAGCUGCCAGCAUCGAUAACAGGGUCCCCACUCCUUCCUCGGUGGCCAGCGCUGAAACCAACUCCCAGCAGCCAGGACCCGAUGUACCAAUGCUGGAAGUGAAGACAGAGGUCAAGACUGAGGACACUGAGCCUGAUGCCAGUGACUCCAAGGGGGAGCCUGGGUCUGCGUUCUGCAGCAUUGGACUGCACAAGGGUGUGCUCGUUCACUAA